AUGAAGGAUGCAGCGUUGUUGCAAUGCAGAGAAUCGGCUUCAGUGACAUCGAGGGGAAGAGGUCAAGAGGUCAACACAGCGACGACGAUGGGGUAUAUAAAUCCCGUUGUGCUCCUCGAGAUUGGGACUCAUCAUCCAACAAUAACCAAUUCAAUCAACACAACAACCAGAACAACCACCAACCAAACCAAGUCAAUCAACAUGUACGCCCUCAACAUCAUCGCCGCCUCCUUCGCCAUCGUCGGCGCCAUGGCCAACAGCAUCCCAAGCCAAAUGGGCGUCGAAGUCAUCCGCGAGAACGGCAACGUCCUCGUCCGUGAGGUCGCACACCCACUCAGCAAGCGCGCUUGCACCAACUGCGUCCACGUUGGUGGCCACUGCAUCAUCGGCGAGGGCAACUGCUACAGCACCGAGAACGCUCUCUGCACCGAUUGCGGCGCCGCUGGCACGAUCUGUGUUGACCGACAGGGCGGUAGCUGCAGUGCCCCAUAA